AAUAAAACACAACCAUCUUCUUCAACUUGCUUCUUACUUUGUUGCUACAAAACGCAAAACCAAACCAAUUUCUCAAACAUAUAAAAAAAACACAAACCUCAAACACUCACAAUUUUUAUGUAACAAAAAAUAAAUAAAAAAUGAAGCUCUCAGCUUUACAGCAGAGUUAUCUAAACCGUCGAACAAACAGCUUCAGAGGCUCAACGCCGUUAGAUUCGUCAGGUGACGGCACCGUUAAGUCGCCGGUAACGAUUUUCUGGCUGGUGCUUCACGGUGUUUGCUGCUUAAUCAGCCUGGUUCUCGGUUUCCGAUUCUCUCGCCUUGUUUUCUUCUUCCUGUUUUCAACUUCUUCUAGUAAUAUCUACACUGCUCCGUUUAGCUCCGGUACCGGAAUUACUGUUCCGGUGGAUGUUAAUGUUCAGCCGAUUGUUAACCGGACGGCUGUUGUUGCUGCUAGUAGAGUGGUGGUUGGCCGGCACGGGAUCCGGAUUCGGCCGUGGCCGCAUCCGGAUCCUGUGGAGGUGAUGAAAGCGCAUGGGAUAAUUGAGAGAGUUCAGAGGGAACAGAGAGCGUUGUUUGGAGUGAAGAACCCUAGAAAGGUUAUUGCGGUUACUCCGACGCAUGUGAGGACUUUUCAAGCGCUUCAUUUGACUGGUGUGAUGCACUCGUUGAUGCUGGUGCCUUACGAUCUGGUUUGGAUCGUGGUGGAGGCUGGUGGUGUUACCAAUGAGACUGGUUCUCUUAUAGCUAAGUCUGGGCUGAGAACAAUUCACGUUGGGUUUCAUCAGGGAAUGCCGAAUUCUUGGGAGGAAAGGCAUAAGCUUGAGUCUUUGAUGCGUCUUCAUGCUUUAAGAAUUGUGAGAAAAGAGAAGCUGGAUGGAAUUGUGAUGUUUGCAGAUGAUAGUAAUAUGCAUAAUAUGGAGCUGUUUGAUGAAAUUCAGAAUGUGAAAUGGAUUGGUGCUGUUUCGGUUGGAAUACUCCUUCAUUCGGUUGAUGCAGCUGAGAUUUCUUCGGUGGUUCAAAAAGAAGGAGAGGAGCAUUCCACGCCGAUGCCGGUGCAAGGUCCUGCUUGUAAUGGUACUGAUAAGUUGGUUGGGUGGCACACGUUCAAUUCGUUACGAUAUACUGGGAAGAGUGCGGUUUACAUUGAUGACCGAGCACCUGUGUUGCCGAGAAAGCUUGAAUGGUCUGGGUUUGUGUUGAAUUCGAGGUUGCUUUGGAAGGAUGUUGAUGAUAAACCAGAAUGGAUAAAGGAUCUUGACGCAUUAGGUGGGAAGGAUGAGGAGAUAGAGAGUCCACUGUCCUUGCUCAAGAGUGCCACUGUGGUAGAACCACUAGGGAAUUGUGGACGCCAUGUUUUGCUUUGGUGGUUGCGGGUUGAAGCUCGCACAGACAGCAAAUUCCCUGCUCGAUGGAUAAUUGACCCUCCUUUGGACAUCACAGUCCCAUCAAAACGCACUCCAUGGCCAGAUGCUCCCCCUGAACUCCCAUCUAAUGAAAAAGAAAAAGUGUUUGCCGCCACAGAAGAGCAACCAAACAAGCACACUACAAAGAUUAAACCACCUAGAACCAAGCGUAGUAGAAAUAAGAGAAAGCAUGACACGAAAGUGAUUGGUGUACAAGUCUCGACACAUUCUGAACAAACUGGGAUAUAAAUUAGUCCACUUGAGAAUUUACUAUCUUGUGUUUAUACGAGCCUGCUGGCCUUCUUCGACAAGAAACUCAAUUGAUCAAAUGGAGAAGCCGAUGUUUUCCUGGAUACAUAAAUCGGCCGCAAAGCUUUUUGGGGUUGGCCAACAUAUGUGCAUUCGAGCCUGAUUUUCACCUUUUUUUUUACAUUUCUUUUAUUAUUUUCCUUUUUUUUUUUUUUACUUGGAGGAGCCUUAUAUCAACUUAGUUUUGCAGAAUUGGCUGUCUCGUGGGGGAAGCCUGUAUUCAAUUUUAUCUUAUGUUAAUACAUAUUCUCAAUAAUAGUAUUAUUAAAUUCCAUUUUAUUC